GUUGCCAUGGAAACAACAGCAACAAAAGGAUUUCUUUCUCCUGACCUGCUGUCGGUUUGACACGCUGCGACUUCAGACGAUAGAAAGUUGACAGGGAAAACCAAUAAUUUGUUGACUUGGAGACGUGAAUAUGGCGAAUAUUGCAGAUCUUUCAACACCUGCAUCUGAGCAAGAGCCACGUAAUAUUGGCGCACAGGAGCACACAGACGAGAUUGGCACGUGGGAUGACAGCUUCGGGUUUGAGGAUGACUUCCCUGAUUGGUCCACAGGAAUCGACAGCUGGGAAGUGAGUGAUUGCGAAGAUGGAAGUGACAAAGGUGGGGAAAAGCAAAACACCGACAAGAUACGCAUGUUCAAGCUACAAAAAGUUCUGGAUCAACUGGACAUCUUUUACCAACAGAAGAAACUGGAUGUACUACAGGCCAGGGAGGAACUUAAAGCAUUUCAACUUCAUGUGACUAACCUGGAGGAAUUGAGAGACAAGAUUGAGGUGGAUAUGGAAAGAGAGAAACAAGCUGAGAACAGCGUGGCACUGUUUCGGCUCCGUGCUCAGCACAAGUGUAUGUGCGCUGAGCUGCAGGUGGAAGAAGAUCUGGGUGCUCAUUUAGCCAUGAUCUUGAAAGAGCAUGAGCUGGAGCUGUGUCAGGUGGAAGUAGAACUGGGUCGCUUCUCGUCUCUGCGUCAGGAGCUUGAUCUGGAGGAGAAGAACAUCCAGUCUCAGGACAAGAAGAAACAAAAGCUCAGGCUCCAACGAGAGAAGAAUGUUAUCAAAGAACGUAAACAUAAAGCACAACGUGACAAAAUAGAAAACAACAAGGCUUUACAAGAGGAGGUGGAUGUUCAAAGGAAACAACAGCAACAGGCUGUUGCUAGCCAUCGCAAAGCGGCUGUCUACCUCAACCAGACAUUACAGAGGAUGAAACGGAAAGAGGCUGAGGCAGAAGAGAGGAGGAAGGAGCUAAUAAAGAAGAGGCAGACAGCAGUAAUGACACUUAAAGCCAGUUUUGCUGCAAAUCAGGAAACUCUGUGUGCUAGAAAACAACGACAGAAAGCCUAUGAACAGAAACAGAGAGAGCGAGAGCAAAACUUAAAAGAGUCGCUGGAGGCCAAAGGAUUGAACAGCACCGAACUCAUUCACCGACAAAGACUGCAGGAGUGCUUCAACAAGAAAAUUGCGGAAUUUGAAGAUACACAGAGGGUGGGGCACAUGGAGAUUGUGGCUAAAUUGCUCUUGGAACAGAACAUUAAGGAAGGGUGUAGAAAAUCUCCUGCACUGAGCCAUGAGAAAAAACAUGAUGAGAAACUUUUGCAGAACUUGCUGCCUCCAUCUGCACUUACAAGGAGAGAGGAAAGGAAUGUAAUGUCAAGUUCCAGAGCAUCUUGUGUCAGGUCCCACAGUAUUGGUGACAGUGAUGUCAGUUCCUCUUUAGAUUCUGCAGAACUGAAGUGGGGAGAGCGUGUAGAAAUGGAGGAUGAAGAUGAAGGUGAGAUGAGCCUGGCCCAGCCUGAGUUCACCGGCCUUUGGGAAAACAAACACAAAGAUAAUACGGCAACAUCAGAUGAAAAUUUUCAACUUGAAACAUCUUAUACCACUAUAAAGACGGACAUGAACCAAAGUUUGGUUUCAAAAUUGACAAAAAAGAAUGUAAAGAGUAGAGAAUCAAAAGGACCACCAUUCAUCAGCAAACCAGAGGUUAUUCUGUUUAAGGAUUGCGAUGUGGGGAAGAUCUACAAGAAGAAAGUCAUGCUCACAAAUGUCACAUAUAUGACUAAUUACUGUAAGCUGUUGGGAGUGUCACAGAAUCUUAAAGAUUAUGUGUCAGUGAGUUUUGAGCCACCAGGGCCCAUGUCUGCAGGCAUGGCUUGUGAACUGGAGGUUAUAUUUAGACCUUUGCUUGAUGUGGAUUUGGGUGGAAUGAUUCAUUUUCAGUCAGCUACUGGCCCUUUUUCUGUUGCCAUUAAGUGCUCCAAGAAAAAAUGUGAGAUGGUUGUUGAUCAAUGUCUUGUGGAUUUUGGUACUCAUGUGGUUGGACAGAAAGUUUCACGAGUAAUCACCUUGACCAACAGAGGAGCCCUAGGCACUCGUUACAUGCUGACCCCCAUCACAUAUGGCCCCCUUCAGCAAUGCUUCACAAGCACACUGGUUUCUGGUAAAACUGCCAGUGCUGAGAUGCCCAGUGUGAAUGUAGACAACACAGCAGAAAUUCCAUCAGGCACAGAGAACACAGGAGAUGCCGCUCACAUUGACCUAAAACCAGGUGUGUCUCCUGUCAGCAGUCGUAGUCCUGAUGAGCUUUUGAUGGCUGAUCCAGGAUUAGUGGAUACUACAGUGGAGCAGCAGAGCACCUUUGAGCCAACUGAGUUUAGCAUUGCAGAGGCUUAUGUUGGUGAUGUCGGCCCAUUUAUGAGUGUCAAACUACCCAUCAUCUUCACACCAUCGAUUCCAGGGGAGGCAAAACUGGAUUUCCAAAUCACGUUUUCUCAACUUAGUUGUGAACCGAUUGUGGUUUCAGUUUCUGGGGUGGCAGAGAGCGCACCUGUUUGGGUGACCAAGCCAAAUAUUGACCUAAAAAUCUGCAUAUAUGAUCGACUUUAUCAGGACAGCAUUGAAGUUCAAAGCAGGGCCAGCACAGCUCUCAGAUUGACAUUCAAGGUGUGUAAAGAGAUGAGGAACCAUAUGUCCAUCUUGCCUAAAACAGGAUUUAUCCAGGCCAAAUCCAGCUUCAGUGCUCAGCUGAAAUUUCUGCCCAGACAGAGCUUGUUUGCAGAUGCCAAAAGCUUCUUCAAUAAAGACACAAGAGUUCUGGAGGUUCCCCUGACUGUACAAGUAGCUGAUCAGGUGAAGCCUGUCCUGUUUACGGUCCAUGCGGUUGUCACCAACUCUGACCUGCGGUUCGACCACACUGAGGUGGACUUUGGACACUGCUCCAUUUAUGAGUCUGCUCAGAUUGCAGUGCGUCUCACGAACUGUUCCUUAUUAGCUCAGGAGUUUGGCUUUGUGGGUAUUCCUAAGUUUAUUGACAUCCAGCCUAAUGAUGGUUUUGGCACUUUGUUGCCUUCACAAUGCAUGGACAUUUACUUGAUCUUCAGUCCAUCGAAGGCAGGGGAAUACAACUUCACACUCACAUGCAAAACAAACAUUAACAGAGACUUCCUGUUGUCUUGUCAUGCAACUGCCAUCCAGCCUUCCUUGAAACUCUCUGAUUGUUUGGUUGAGUUUGGAGGGACAGCGGUGGGAGACCGAACCACUGCAGUAUUGUAUGUGGAGAAUAUCAGCGCAGGGCCUGAGGCUGCAGCCCGGCUCUUCACCUUCUCUGUUCCAGAAAACUCUGACAUCACCAUCACACCUACUUCAGGAAGAGUUCUACCUGGACAGAAGUGUCUGGUCCAGGUUACAUUCAGCCCAACACUGUCUGAUCACGUCAUCAAUGCAGAAGCUCUUCGCUGGAGAGAGGAGUUUCAUACUGACACCAGCAACUGCCAACAUACAGAACCUGAUGCCAAAAGCAAAAUGGAGACCCUGUUGCUUUUGGUAAAAGAUCAUGGUAGCAAAGUGAUGCCUGCAAAUGGCAGCCCCUUCCAUUCCCCAAGCCCAGCAGAUAUUCAGGCAGGCUCUUUUGAAUAUUUGGCUGUAAAGGCUUCACUUUUGCGCUCUUUUACUGAGCGUCACGUUCGCUAUGUCAUAUCCUGCUUCAACUCUUCAUCAGACAUAGUGCUGGAAACACCAGAGGAGCCCAGAUACAGCCCACAUGAGACGCUCUAUCUGGAGUUACGCUGCCCAGCCAUCAGACCAGCAUUACUGCUCAUCUCUGACAGUGGACACAACACCAUCCACUUUAAUCAGGUGGCAGUUGGUCAGAAAGUGUUGAAAAAGUUGAUAAUCCAGAACAUUUCAUCAGAGACUGUAAAGCUGACAUCAUCACUGCUGGAUGUGACUGGGCCAUUUUCUGUGCUGAAUGCCAUGCGUUCCAUCGGUCCUGAAGAGACACACAUGAUCCUGAUCGCAUUUACACCCUCUCUGGCCAAGAAGUACUAUGAAACACUGGAGGUGAGCUGCAGUCAGAUGUCGCUGGAGCUCGCAUUGAGUGGUGAAGCUGUAAAUCCCAUCAUCACCUGCUCAAAUGAAGGACACAUUAACUUCGACUAUGUUCCUGUAAAUGAGAGCGCCUCACAAGUGUUCAGGCUGCAGAACAUGUCCUCACUGGAUGUGCAGUUCAGUGUGCUUUUAGAAGAACGGGACGACCGGAUCCUGGCUGUACAUGUGGGUACUCAGAACUACAGUGGGAUGAGUGUGUUCCGUGUGUCGCCGUCAGGGGGAGCUAUUACUUCUGCGGGAGCUGUUGACAUUACUGUGACCUUCCAUCCCGAUCAUGAGAGUCUCCAUUACAGAGAUCUUCUCACUGUGCAACUCAUGAACAAACAAACGGUGUGUGCGCUGGAGCUCCGGGGUUCUUCAUGUCGACACAAUAUGUUUGUCUGUGGUGGGGAUCCAGUAGUCGUCUGUUCUGAAUCACUCAUCCCAUCUCAUAUAUACACAUCAGGACUCAUGAAACAUGAAGAUAGUAAGCGUUUGCUACUGACACUCAGGAGUGAAUAUCAAGAGGGCAGAGCAAUCGUAGCCACACGCAGACUUCACGUCGGAUGUGUCUUCAGCACAAAACCAACCACAAAAAAAACGGUUGAGUUUACCUGGGAGAAUAUCUCACCUGUUGAGCAGCAGGGCUUCAAAGUGGCACCGAUGCAAGGAAGUGUGGAUGCAGGACAUAGAUGUCCCAUCACCAUCUCCUGGAUGCCACCUAGUGGUCUCGCUCCGAACUCAGUGCUGCAAGCGUGUGCUCUGCUGACCGUCAGAGGAGAUGAGACUGACGUUUACCGAGUCACUCUGAUGGCCCAUACAGAUAAAAAUACAGCCACAUAGAAUUCCAUUCAAAAUGUGUGCCAUGAUUUAUUAUUAUAUAAUUCACUGUCACUGAAUCUUGAUAUUUGUUUAAAUCUAGCUGAAGACAUCCUUUUGAUCAUUAUUGAUUUUGUAUAGGUUUUUAUGCUCUGUAUUUGAAUUGCUUUAUCUGUAAUGUGCUGUCAGUACACUGUGCAACAAUAAAUAGCAACGAUGUACAAAA